GAAAAGAAUGGAAGAGAGAAGAGAGAAGAGAGAAGAGAGCGGGAGCGAGAGCGAGAGGUAGAACGAGAUGUCAGGAAGAGGAAAGGGGCUCGGCAAGGGAGGAGCCAAGCGGCACCGGAAUGUUCUGCGUGACAAUAUUCAGGGAAUAACAAAGCCGACGAUUUGCCACCUAGCUCGCCGUGGUGGUGUGAAGCGUAUCAGUGGCCUCUUCUACGAAGAAACCCGUGGAGUCCUCAAGAUCUUUCUCGAAAAUGUCAUACGUGAUGCAGCCACAUACACAGGGCACGCCCUUUGGAAGGUUGUAACCGCCUUGGAUGUCGUUUAUGCUCUCAAGCUCCAGGGUCGUAUUCUUUAUGGCUUUGGUGGUUAG